UUUUCGUCGAUUAAAUGACAACACAGACAAUGAUCUGUUGGUCCGCGAAGACAGCGAUCAGGAAGUGGCUGUCCAUCGGUUCCAGACAUGAGUUGACUCGCGAUUGUUUCAUCACAAGAAGACUGUUAUCGUCGUUGAGUACGAGUGUGACCACCGAUGACGGGCCGAUAGUAGACGUCCAGAAGUAUCGACAACAGCACGACAUCCAGUGUUUCGGCGAUCGCAUACCGGAUCCGAUCCAGUCGUUUGACUCUUAUAAAUGGCCGCCAAAGUUGGCCCAAAAGAUCAAA